GGUGGGUGAGAGGUACUGAGGGCCUGUGCGAGGCUCUUCAGCCUUCUGGGUUCGCCCCACCAAAGCAGCGGCGAGUCUGAAAACCCCGGAGGACGGGGGCAGUCAGGGGAAGGAGGCCCCUCUGAGUAGUCCUUCAUCCUCCACUCUUACUCAACUCCGCCCCUUUUACCCCUUUGCAGAAUGCCUGUUUCCACCUUAGCUCGCGGGAGUGAGAGUAGCGAAUUCAAUGGGGUACCACUCUCGGGGUCUUCUUGGACCUGAUUUCUGCUUUAAAGUCUCCUUAAAAGCAGCCCCUGUACUCCGUUUUCACCUUACAGGAAAAAAGUCUUAGCGUGCAAAAAAACGGCACGGUCUUUCUUCUACCCCAACUCCGAGGCGGAGGGCGGUUAUUUAUUUCCAGAACUGUAAGAGUAAAUGGGUCCAGUAAUUGGAAUGACUCCAGAAAAGAGAGCUGAAACUCCAGGAACUGAAAAGGUUGCAGGAUUAAGCCAGAUUUACAAAAUGGGAAGCUUGCCUGAAGCUGUUGAUGCUGCCAGGCCUAAGGCCACUCUAGUGGACAGUGAGUCAGCAGAUGAUGAACUCACAAACUUGAACUGGCUUCAUGAAAGUACUAAUCUUCUAACAAACUUCAGCUUCGGAAGUGAGGGUCUUCCAAUUGUUAGUCCAUUGUAUGACAUAGAGGGAGAUGAUAUGCCAUCCUUAGGACCAUCUUGCUAUCCGAACCCAGAAAAAAAAUCAGCAACUUCAAAGCCCCCAUAUUCCUUUAGUCUUCUCAUUUACAUGGCUAUUGAACACUCUCCAAAUAAAUGUUUGCCUGUCAAAGAAAUUUAUAGCUGGAUUUUGGACCGCUUCCCAUAUUUUGCCACUGCACCAACAGGCUGGAAGAAUUCUGUUCGACAUAAUCUGUCCCUGAAUAAAUGUUUUCAGAAAGUGGAAAGAAGCCAUGGCAAGGUUAAUGGGAAAGGUUCCUUAUGGUGUGUUGAUCCAGAAUAUAAACCCAACCUUAUGCAGGCACUGAAGAAGCAACCUUUUUCCUCAGCAUUAACAUUCUACACCCCUCCUGCAUCUCCACAAAGUGGCUCUUUAUCACCUCACUUCUUAAGCUCUGUACUCAAGCAGAACCAGGUGCGAACCCUCAAAGAAUCUGAUAUUGAUGCUGCCACUGCAAUGAUGCUUUUAAAUACUUCUAUAGAACAAGGAAUUUUAGAAUGUGAGAAGCCUCUUCCUCUUAAAACAGCAAUGCAAAAAAAGAGGAGUUACAGCAAUGCAUUUGGUCAUCCCAGUACUAUGCGACUGCAAGAGAGUCAUUCUUUAGCCACAAGCAUUGAUCCAAAAGAAGACCACAAUUACAGUGCAAGUAGCAUGGCAGCACAGCGCUGUGCAUCCAGGUCUAGCGUGUCUUCUCUGUCCUCUGUGGAUGAGUCAUAUGAAUUUAUCCCAAAGAGUAACCAUGUGGGAAGUGAUGGCAGUGAAGGAUUUCACAGUGAAGAAGAUACAGAUGUUGAUUAUGAAGAUGAUCCUCUUGGAGACAGUGGCUAUGCGUCACAGGCUUGUGCUGAUACCUCUGAUAAAGGGCAGCCAGGCAAAAAGAUGCGUAAACAGUUAUGUCAAGAAAUUGAUGAGGAGCUCAAAGAGGCAGCUGGAUCUCUGCUCCACCUUGCUGGAAUUCGUACCUGUCUGGGUUCCCUAAUAAGUACUGCAAAGACACAAAAUCAAAAGCAGCGGAGAAAAUAGAAAUACUUAUUAGUGUGAAAUUAUUUUAAAGUGUGGCAAUACUCAUCUACUUAAUUCUUUAUAAGGGAUAUCAAAGCCAUAAUGGACUUCUUUUGUUUGAGGGUUGGGAGGGGUGCUAAUUGUUUAUUUCAAAAUGUUUGUUUUAAUUUCUAUUAAAUAAUUGCUGUUAGGAACAUGCCCAAUCAUAGAUACGAUGCCAAGUCCUAAAAGCAUAAUUUUUGUGAUAAGUGUCUCCAAGAUGUGGAAAUUUUUGUAUAAGAAAAUCCACAACCUCUGUCUUAAAACUUGAAGGAAAAAUCUUUUAUUUUGUUAAUAUGUUAAAGUGGAAGAAUUGGCAACUCUGUGACUUUUUUUCAUUUUCUUUUCCAAUCUGUAAUUAACUGUAGUUGCUGAUCCAGCUAAAAUUUUUGCUGAUGUCUUUCUCAUGUACUUCUCUCUGGAGACAUGCAGUCCAGUAGAAUGAGAUUUGGAUUUUUUUUUUGUCUUAAUUUUGGUUUUUAAUUACUUUUUGUUGAAGCAUGGACAAAGUUGAGUAUAAAUUGGAAAAGGUCCUAGAUGUCUAGAAAGUUCCUUUUGUUUACAUAGGCAGAAAGUACAGCAGAGUUCUGAGAUUUAGAAAAGGCAGGUUUGUGGCAUAAUUCCAUCUAAGAACACUCCAAUUCCUAUUACAGUGUUAUCUUUGAUUUAUUUUUUUUACUUCUCAAAUAUUGCAUAACAUUUAUUGGGGCCUUUUGUUUGUUCCCAAAGUGCUUUGUAACCAUUGUUUGAAUUUUAGCCACUAGCUAUAUUUGUUGAGUAGAAACAAUCCAAUCAGAGGAUAUAGCCAUAAAGUGUGUUAUGGAGUUAACACUCAUUUUGACACACUUUUUGCAAUAAGAGUAUCUUUUAUUUGCUUGUUAAGUGGAGUGCAUUCUGAGAAUUUUGUAGUAGGAAUGGAGUGUAAUCUAAUAAAAACAUUUUGAAUAGUUACUACAUAUGUCAUAAAUAAAGGUAGUAGAUCCUUUAGGAAAAAACUUCUCUCCAGGGUUUGUAUGAAUUAAAUUUGUAUGUAUUCGUAAUUGAAAUUGAAAGGAUUUAACAAAACUGUAGAGACAGUGUACAUUCAGGGGUUUUAAAAUUUAUACAAAAUUAAUCUUAUACAGUACAUCUUUUGGGGGAGACCAUAUAAUACAUAUUAUGUGCCAUUUAUUCCAUGCUAAAAGAUUUUAUAUUGCUGUUCCAAAUGUGCAUUGACUAAGGCAUUUUAAGUAUUUGAUCAAAUCUGCUUCUACAAGACAUUUUUUUCAUAUCAUUUUUAUAGUUUAUAUAUUAUUUAGAAAGAACACAAGAUACUAAUAAAACUAAACUUUAUUAUAUAUAUUUUUUUACAGUGGUGGAAGCAACUUUCCAAAAGUUCAAUUUAUCUCAUGAUACAUACAUUCUGUUUUAUAACAAUGACCUUGUUUUCACUUUCUGAUAAUUUCAUAUACAUGUACAUACACACACACACACACACACACAUACAUACAUACAUACGUACACACAUAGGCUCAUGAUUUGGGAUGGUUACUUUCAGCUAUUUCUAUGACUAAAGCAUUUUCUUGGAUUGUGUGUGUGUGUGUGUGUGUGUUUUAAGAGACAAAUAUUUUUAUUUUGACUUGUAAGUUUUAUUUGGGCAAAACUGUCAAAUGAGAAGCCUAAUGAAAACAUGUUUUUCAGUUGGCAAAACUUUAAGCCAGGGAUAACAACAUUACUAUUAUCUGUCCUGUUUCCAUGUUAAUUGUAAUUGAACCUGGAUAGCCACAUUAAUAGAAUUGGUGCUGUUGAAAUAUAGUAAUUUUUUAAUUUGUUGAUAACAAAAAAUAGUCCUCAAGUAUGCAGGAUGAGAUAUUUGCAGUUUUUGUUCUUCAUAUAUGUCACAUCUACAGAAAAUGGCUAAUUCAAGUUACCACCUUUUACUGUAGACAAUGAAUAUAACACACAAAAAAUGCUUUACACAGUAUAAAUAGUACACAGAUUAUCAAUAUCAUUCUAACAAUAUCUUGAAACUGUUCUGCAUAGACCUUAGUAACAGUGUUUCAGUGAUCUGGUUCCAGUUUAUUGUGUCCUACUGAAAUUCUGUACCACAGACAAUCUCUCUGGUUCCUGUCCAUUUGUAAUUACUCUUCGAAAGCAGAGGAAAAUGAUCUAAGGAGGGGGAGAGUUGAGUUGUCCCUACUUUAAGAGGGAUCUUCAGAAUUAUUUUGGUUUAAUAUAAAUAACAGUAAUACUUUAAACUUGAUUUUCUCUCCCUCUUCAUGUGCUCUUCCUGCAAAUUUAAAAGUUAAAUUUAACUUCACUAGCAAAGACAAUAAACACUUUUGUACUACAAGUGAAUAGGAAGAAGUCACACAAUAUUUUACACUUAAUUCUUAAACAGAAUUCAUUGCAUCACUCCAUUUGCUGAUUUACCAAGACAGUUAUUUUAAAGAGAAAGUACCUUUUUAAUUAUGGUUCUCCCAUGAUUACUUUCAUAGGUAUUAUGAUCCCAUUCCUCAGAUGUGUUGAGAUAAAAACAUGGCUAAUCACCACCCAAUUAAAGAAAGUAAUUUCCAGUCCUAUGACUAGAAAUUAUAUUUCUAAUAUAUUCAUAAGAAAUUUUACUGUAAUAGCAAAAAUUUGGCAAUUUCAGAGAGGUUAUAUAUAUUCCAGCAUACUUUAAGACUGUGAAUUAAGCUAACAUAAUUUGCUUUAUAUUGAUAUAAAUUGUUACAACGAAUUCCCAUUUAUAAUAGAUUUCUAGUAAAAGUUUUGACUCAGCACAAUUAAUCUUCAUCCUUCACAUCCCAAAUAGAAUCAGUGUUUCUUGAAUAUAGAUUUUUGAAAUUUAUUUGUGCAAUAUAUUAUUAAAUUCAUUAAUAUUUUAUUUUACCUUUCAGAUUCAGAGAAAGAAAACAUUACUUGUAUUCAUGGAAAGAAUUAUUGGUGGAUCAUCUCCUUGUUCCACCUUUGAGCCUUUCCUUUCCUCCCUAUAGCCAGCAUGACUUCUCUUAACUUAGAUCCCCUUGUAUAUAAUAAGGUUUAGAAUAUAAAUUUUCUUCUGCUACUUUCUGAGGCAUUAUGUAAAGGGUUCAUAGGAGGCGGUCAGUUAAAUACAUGUUAGGACGAAUUCAAAGCUAGAGAAAGUGUUAAGGAGGGAAUGUGUGUGUCUUGGUAGAUCAGGAGGCCUUUCCCAGCAAUUUAAGCAACAGAUGUGAAUACUUCACAAAGCUGUAAAGACUUUUGUCUUAAAUACUACAGUAAGUUAACAACCUUUUGUGAAGACUAUAGCAUUUAAUUCAGAAACUUUGAGGCUUUCUGGUUUACAUAUACUUUAUCGUUUAUUUUGUUGUUGUUGUUAGUUCAAAAUGUGUAAGCUUUGAUUUAAACAAAGUUUACUUCACUAUGUUAAUGAUGUACUCAAAAUAUUUAUUGAAAGACAAAUUUAGAGUAUUUUAAUGUUCUACCUGCCAUCUUUUUCUUAAAGCACAUUUUUUUUUGCAUUUAACUGCCAGUGCCAUUAUCAAAUUUGUUUUUAAAAUUGUUGUACAUUUCUUAUUAAACUAAGUGCUUAAUUUUAAAGUAUUAUGUUGCCAUCCUAUAGUGUAUAAAAAUGUAUAAUUGCCAAUUCAGUGUAACUAUUAUUUAUUUUUCAAUGAAAGUAUAAGAAUGCUUUCUCAUUCAAGAAAUUUGAGUUAUUGAACUGAUUCCCUUAUCCUCUUUUCUAAUGUAGCAUAAAAAUUGCCCUGAGUUUGAGUUAUAACUGCCAGUAGAUGACCAGUCACAAAUGAACCACUUCUCAGUUGCCAGUCUUUGCUCAUAUUAAAAGCAACUUAACAGAUGUUUAGUUUUUGUAUCUAAUCUCUGAUUAUUAAAAUGUUUAUAAAGUUUAUUUUUACCAAAGAGAUGCAAUUCAUUAUGAUAAAGUAUUGCAGAAUAAACCUUGUUUUAUAACA